UUCCUCUCCUCUGGGCCUCUCAACCUCACGGUGUUGCCAAAAUGUUGCUUUCUAACAAGCUGACUUUGGACAAGCUGGACGUGAAGGGGAAGCAGGUCGUGAUGAGGGUGGACUUCAGUGUUCCUAUGAAGAACAACCAGAUAACGAAUAACCAAAGAAUCAAGGCUACUGUUCCAAGCAUCAAAUUCUACUUGGACAAUGGAGCCAAGUCAGUUGUGCUUAUGAGCCACCCGGGCCGUCCUGAUGGUGUGCCCAUGCCCGACAAGUACUCCUUAGAGCCAGUUGCUGCAGAACUCAAAUCUCUGCUGGGCAAGGAUGUUCUGUUCUUGAAGGAUUGUGUGGGCUCAGAAGUAGAGAAUGCCUGUGCCAACCCAGCGGCUAGGACUGUCAUCCUCCUGGAGAACCACUUCCAUGUAGAGGAAGAAGGGAAGGGAAAAGAUGCUUCUGGGAACAAGGUUAAAGCCGAGCCAGCUAAAAUUGAUGCUUUCCAAGCCUCCCUGUCCAAACUUGGAGAUGUCUAUGUCAAUGAUGCUUUUGGGACCGCACACAGAACCCACAGCUCCAUGGUGGGUGUGAAUCUGCCACAGAAGGCUGGUGGAUUUUUGAUGAAGAAGGAGCUGAACUACUUCACCAAGGCUUUGGAGAGUCCAGAGCGACCCUUCCUGGCUAUUUUGGGAGGAGCUAAAGUUGCAGACAAGAUCCAGCUGAUCAAUAAUAUGCUAGACAAAGUCAAUGCGAUGAUCAUUGGUGGUGGAAUAGCUUCUACCUUCCUUAAGGUGCUCAACAACAUGGAGAUUGGCACAUCUCUGUAUGAGGAAGAGGGAGCCAAGAUUGUCAAAGAGCUCAUGGCCAAAGCUGAGAAAAAUGGUGGGAAGAUUACCUUGCCUGUUGACUUUGUCACUGCUGACAAAUUUGAUGACAAUGCCAAGACUGGCCAAGCUACUGUGGCCUCUGGUAUACCUGCUGGCUGGCUGGGCUUGGACUGUGGUACUGAGAGCAGUGAGAAAUAUGCUGAGGCUGCGGCUCGAGCUAAGCAGAUUGUCUAGAAUGGUCCUGUUGGGGUAUUUGAAUGGGAAGCCUUUGCCAGGGGAACCAAGUCCCUCAUGGAUGAGGUGGUGACAGCCACUUCUAGGGGUUGCAUCACUAUCAUAGGUGGUGGAAACACUGCCACUUGCUGUGCCAAAUGGAACACAGAGGAUAAAGUCAGCCAUGUGAGCACGGGGGGCAGUGCCAGUCUAGAGCUCCUGGAAGGUAAAGUCCUUCCUGGGGUGGAUGCUCUUAGCAAUGUUUAGUAUUUUCCUGCCUUU